AUUUGGAGUGCAAAAUUGGAUCUUAGCGAACUUUUCUGAUGUAUUUUUGUUGCUAAUUUGCAAUUUUCUUCCUGGAAUACGCAACAAUUUAACUAUAGCUAAAAAUUGGAUUUUUUUUACAUAUUAUCAGCGAUCUAUUAUACGAAUCGAUAGAGAUAUAAGAUGGGUGACGAUCUGUCACAAUUUUUUGCCAAAAAAUCUGCUAAAGUGAAAGAUAAGAAGAAAAAAGUGAAGCUGAGUGUCGAUGAGGUUGGUCAGGUGCUGGAAAGAAAAGCGAAACGGCAGGAAGAACGAGAUCGUGAAGAUGAGGAAGAAGAACGACGUGCCCAAGAUGAUGCAGCUUUUUUUGAUAAACGUCCAGAAGAUUCUGAAUGGCUUGAAUACAAAGAUACAAAUAAGGAAAUUGCUCUAGAAGAACUCGGAAUUCGUGAUAUGAAUCUUACUGAGCAGACCGAAGAAGCUCUAGAAGAUGAAAAAACCUCUACAAAUGAAGCCCCGAAAACAUGGAGCACUGCAGAGAAAAAGGAAUCGGAAGAAUUUAUUCUACCAGUGCCUAAAAAACAAGCGCCAGGUGUUUGGAAACCACGUUGUUUGAUGCAAAAUACUGCUAGAGUGAGCGCAGUGCCAAAUAUCAACGACCAAGACCUAUUUCCAACUUUCGAAGCUGCGGAAAAAAUUGAAAAAUUAAAGAAAGAUGAUGAGAAAAAGAGACGAAAUGACGGUUUUACAAUAGUCGCAUCUGAUAGAGAUUCAUCAGGCGCUUGGACGAAUCGAGGAGCUUCCAGCAAUAGCUGGCAUCGUGCUGGUGGUAGUGGUAGUGGUGUGUCAUCAUCGAAUGCUGAUCGUACUGCUCUCCUUUCAACAGUUAGACAGGUAACAUCUAGUGGGGCUCCAAAUCCGGUUCCUCCGUCGCAAUCAUUUCAAACCAAGAAUCCGAAUGCUUACGUUCCUCCAUCACGACGACGCGCUCAGGCCAAUUUUACCAAAGAAAUGUCAUGAAAACAAACGUUAUUAGAAGUGGACAAUUUGUUGAUCAUAAGCUUUUUCUCUAUCUUUGCUUUUUUUUUCGUUUAGUAACAAGGGAC